AUGUGUAUAAGCAGGUGGCUGUGUGAGCACAUUAAGGCGAAUGAGCCAGUCAGUCUAGCGCGGGCCUGCAUUAGAAGUUUGUUGUGUUUUAAAAAGUCUCUACGUCAUACCAAAUGGAACUGUGGAACUCUGACAUCAUCGGUGACAGUAAAAAGCUUUUGACGUAGCAGAAACUCUCAUUAGCUUCUUUGGAUGUCUAGUAGUUCAGUACUUUCUGCGAUUCAACAGUACAGUGAUAAAAUGGCAUUUUCAAAACUGAUUAACCGUCUGAAGAAAGCGUUUGGUGUUAAGUGUGCGAACGAACAACCGUGUGAGCCACUCGAACCCACCGGCAGCACGACAGAGAAUCACCGUCAUCUGAUGACCGAUGACCCGGCCGUCGCUGCAGGAAAACAGGCAGGGAGACAGAAAAAGAGGAAACUCAAAUUGUCUCCCAUCUUCUUCACCUGUUUUUCCAGAAGAAGAGCUACUGUUGUUGAUCAGCUAUGUGUGCAGGAGAUCCACGAACUUCACGCAGAGCCCAUCAGUAGCUCUAAAUUCUUCUGCACUGCUGUGAGCAACCUGGAGCUGGAAGUUCGCCAACCUCCAGCUCUUGAUGCUCCAGCAGACGAAGAUUUGGACUCUAAACCGGAAGUGAACAGCUUUGACUCUGCAGUGGUCAUUGAGAACGACUCUGCAGAGCUUCACUUCCCAGCAGACAACGAAUCCUCCCUCAGUGAGGACAGCCUGGAGCAAGAGCUUGAUAGUCCUCCAAGUUCACCAUCCGAUGAGGACAAUGAACUUCCAGUGAGCCAGCAGCUCAUAACAGAUGACAUCUGUGACUCUGCCCUGGAUGAAAACUCGAACCCUUCACCGGAUCAGGUCUCACAAGAGGACUCUGCUGUGGAGUCUACAGCAGAUGAUGGGACCUGCUUGGACAAUAAUGACAUCAGCUGCCGCUACAAACUCGGAAAGCAGCUUGGUGAAGGAGGUUUCGGCUCCGUGUAUGAGGGGAUUCGCAUACAGGAUGGUCUGCAGGUGGCAGUUAAAUUUGUCCAGAAGACCCCAAAUAUGCAAGAUGUCAGCUCUUCAUGUGACCAGCCACUUCCUCUAGAGAUCACCUUGGCAAACAUGGCCAGCGGUGGCUCCAGGUGUGCGAACAUUAUUAAGCUUCUGGACUGGCAGGUCUUUGAAAACCAUUAUGUCAUGGUGAUGGAGCGGCCUAGUCCAAGCAUGGACCUGGAGGCAUUCCUUGAAGUCAGCGGAGGAGUCCUCAGUGAGAAAACAGCACAUACCAUCAUGAGGCAAGCUGUUUAUGCGGCCAACGUGUGCUGUUACCGCGGGGUGUUCCACCGGGAUAUUAAGCUUCAAAACCUGCUGGUGAACCCCGACACACUGGAAGUCAAGCUGAUCGACUUCGGGUGUGGAGACUUCAUGAUGGAAUCAGCCUACAGUCUCUUCUCUGGCACAGAAGCGUACAUCCCGCCAGAGUUUUAUGAAAAAGGAUGCUACCGGGCCAAACCAGCGACGGUCUAUUCUCUUGGGGUUCUUCUGUUCACAAUGCUCCAUGGAGAAUUCCCAUCAGCGUAUGACCUGUACUACCUCCAACAUGACUGGUCCAAAUUUACCCUCUCUCAAGAAUGCUGUGAUAUGAUGAGGGCUUGUCUGCAUGAGAAUCCAGAGUGCAGAAUUCCUCUAGAAGAGAUGCCUUACCACGACUGGUCCAUGCUGGAGUUCUGAGUCACAUUAGCAGAAUGUUUUGUAUAUUUGAUUUUUCUACAUGUCUGUAAUAAAGAUAUAUUUUAUUGAACUCACUUGUGUUGUGGCUUAUAUUGUGAUCUAGCCCCAGUGUUGUCAGAUUGUGUGGAUUUAAACUGGUUUUGUAUGGGGUGACAAAAAUUUGGCAUGAGGUUUGAACAGCAUCCAGUCCUUUCCAACACACACUGCAG